CACACAUAAUAAAAUAACUUUUUAAUCAAUUCCAAAAAUGACUUACUGUGAAACACGUGGGUGUACUAUUGACAAAUCCAAAAGAAAAAGUGGUCAUAAAAUGGGCGAAAAAUCACAGAAUUUUUGCGAUGUUCAUAAUUGUGUCGUUGAACGAUCAAAAAGAAAAGGAACUCGUCUUGAAUGUGAUACAAUGGGUGAAAUAGCGGUUCCAAAUAACAGAUACUAUGGCUCGCAAACGCAAAGAUCUAUCUUAAACUUUAAUAUCGGCGACCAAUGUGAAUAUAUGCCUCUUUCCAUAAUUAAAGCUUUGGCGCUAGUGAAAAAAGCUUGUGCAUUAAUUAAUAAAGAACAAGGUAUGGACGAAACAAUUGUUGAUUUGAUAGUCAAAGUUGCAGAUGAGAUAAUAAAUGAUAAAAUACCUCGAGUACAUUUUCCGUUGAAAAUUUGGCAAACUGGGUCUGGGACUCAAACAAAUAUGAAUGUGAAUGAAGUGAUUAGUAAUCGAGCUAUUGAGAUAGUUGGGGGUGUUCUGGGUUCGAAAAAUCCAGUUCAUCCUAACGAUCACGUGAAUAAAAGUCAGAGUACUAAUGAUGUAUUUCCAACGGCUAUGCAUAUAGCUGUAGUACAAGAAUUAAAUAAUUGUACAGUACCGGGUUUAGUAAAUUUACGUGAUUCAUUAAAAGCUAAAUGUAUGGAAUUUGCUUAUAUUAUAAAAACAGGACGAACUCAUACUCAAGAUGCCACACCGAUUACUUUAGGUCAAGAAUUUAGUGGAUACGUUUAUCAAAUUAAUUUUGGUAUUGAUCGCCUAACAUCAACUCUCGACAGACUUUAUUAUUUAGCUUUGGGAGGAACAGCAGUUGGAACUGGAUUGAAUACAAAAAAAGGGUUUGCAGAAAAUGUUGCUAAAAAAAUCUCUACUUUAACUAAUCUUCCUUUUGAGACAGCUCCAAACAAAUUUGAAGCUUUAGCAUGUAAUGAUACAAUGGUGGAAAUAUCCGGCGCUUUAAACACCAUUGCUUGUUCUAUUACAAAAAUCGCUAACGAUAUAAGAUUUUUAGCAUCCGGACCAAGAUGCGGCCUAGGUGAAAUAGCUUUACCUGAGAACGAACCAGGAAGUUCUAUAAUGCCAGGAAAAGUAAAUCCUAGUCAAUGCGAAGCUUUAACAAUGUUAGCAGCCCAAAUUAUGGGUAAUCACGUUGCAGUUACAGUUGGUGGUUUAAAUGGUCACUUUGAAUUAAACGUUUUCAAACCCGUGAUAGUAGCAAAUGUACUUAGAUCUUGUAGAAUACUUGGAGAUGGUUGCAAUGCUUUUUCUGAAAAUUGUGUUAAAAAUAUUACAGCGCAUAAAGAAAAUAUUGAACGGUAUUUGAACGAUAGUUUGAUGCUGGUUACAGCUUUGAAUGAACAUAUUGGGUAUGAUAAAGCGGCUAAAAUCGCUAAUAAAGCACAUCAAUUAGAUUGUACCUUAAAAGAAGCUGGAGUUCAAUUAGGAUUUUUAUCUUCACAAGAAUUUGAUGAAUGGGUUCGUCCAGAAGAUAUGUUAGGGCCAUCUUAAUUUGUUACUUUUUUUUUACUUUUUAAUACAAGUUUCU